ACUAUGGCGGUUUUCCCAUAUGCGCCGUACCUUCAAAGUCAUUUCCAUGCACCUAGUGAAGUCGAGACGUUAUUAGCCCCCAACGAGUUUGCGGAAAAAGUGACUAUUGACAGCUCGAAUGAGUUUGAAAUGGAUUUGUUGAGUGCCUCCUUGGGAAGAGAUACAAACGCUACUAAAUCAAAUAUACACACGGCGAGUCGAGAAUUGCCGGAUGAUGUUUCCAGCAGUGAUUUAGGGCAAGGUUUAUCCGAUCAGCGUCACAAUGACUUCCAAGGUAAUGAGCAUCAUGAGAGCAACGUGACAUCUUCUUCCCAAGAUAUUAUCCAGGGGGGAGGUCUUGAGCAAUCCACACCUUUAUACUCUACAUCGGUCCGUGAUGGCCUCUGCAUCCCGGUGGCGGAGGAAGAAUUUCUAAGCCGAACGGAAGCAUAUGAAAAUGCAGACGAAGCCACGAUGGAGGGAGACAUUUUGCCACAUUCGAACCCGACAAUAGAUAUAGCAGACGGCAAUAAAAUGGUCAAUGGCCAAGUUCUUGACCCUGCGGGCCAGGAAAAGCAAUCCACUCCAACGGAUUUUUUGCCUGGAGAUGCUGGAAUUGAAGCAGACGAAUUAGGAUCGAAACCGGCAGCUUGCGUCAUCGGGAAAAGCAUGCCAGCCGAGAAGUACAACAGACAGCCUGUUUCCGAAAGCCAUGUGGUUAUUGGCCAGGAGAAAGACAGGGCUGCAGCUCAUGACAACGAAGGCGAGCUACAGCGUCGUGAUGCGGAGAGCCUGUCAGCAUCUCCAAAAUUUCGUCAAAAUGGAACAUUGGCGCGUUCAACCCCACCCACAUUCCAAGACAGUGAGAAGCAGUCGCCAUACAGCCCGACAGAGGAAGUUACAGGAUUUUGUCCAGUGUUGGAUCAGGCUCCAGUGUUGGACCAGCCUUCGGUCGUCAUCCCCAACUGGCGUUUCCAAAAGCGAGGAACGAAUGACUCUGUCUCAAUAACACGAAUGGCCUCUUCGAACAGGAAGCGGGACCGGGAUGAGUAUAUACCUGAUGACAGCAGCGACGACCCUGAUGGCCCCGACGAUGCGGACUACGUGGGCGAAAGUGGUGAAGACGCACAUGGAAACAGCGUUCCUUUCCAUCGACUGAAAAGAGCAAGGCGACCUGCCGUGCAACUUAAGCCUAGACCUCCCCGGCAGAACACUAAACGUCUCUCGGUCGACGAGGCAGUUCAAUCCAAAGUGGCCGCAGAUCAGACUUCCCCAACAAGCUUGCACGAUAUCGAAACGAUUCCUAUCCGAGGUUACCUUACGCGACAGAUACUUUUGUCAAGGGUCGUCUAUUCAGUUACCUUUGAAGAGCAGGCAGAGCAUUCCUGCUCUCAGAGAUCAGGCAGAGCUACUUCACAUCAUGAAAACAAAAUUGGCAGCCAGCAUUCCAAGCAACCCCAUCAGAAAGGGUCCCGCGCUGGGAAAACGACCGGGCCAACCCGAUCCCUGUCUAAGGACGACCAGCUUUUGAUUGAAUUGAAGGAAGAGCGGAGCCUGCCAUGGAAGCGAAUCGCAGAGUAUUUUCCUGGAAGGUCGGUAGGCUCCCUCCAGGUGCGCUAUUCCACACGCCUCAAGGGCCACAAGGCUGGAGAUUCUGGGCAUUCUGGGCGGAGUUCCAACGUGAGGAGCGAAUCUUCAUAUAGAGGCGCACCUUGCGAGGCAGUUCAAGUCGCGGGUGGCAAGAGCAAAGGCACUGAAGAAGGUGUGUUAAGACCGCGAUACGGUCCACCUCGGCGCAGGCAAACGGUGGACCGCUAUUCCCCGGUUUGA